AGAGAGCAGCUUUUCUGCAGGACUCCUUUCAACUUGUUAUUAUCUUGGAGUGCCGUAUCUUCACUCCGAAGUAUGGGACGUUCACGAAUGCAUGACCUGCACGUGUACAAACGGCACUAUUAGUUGCGUGAUUGAAGAAUGUAAGGGGCUUCUCUGCGUUGAACCCGUUAGACCGCCAGGAGACUGUUGCUAUAUCUGCCCGUACGUGGUGACCGUGCGUAAAGUCAAACCCACCAUACAAAGUAACGUGACAACUAACGGACACACAACACUGGUUCUUGCGGUAGACGUCAUAUUUAGAUAUACCAGAAGUACGACAGGAGUGAUAGGCGAAUCUCUCUGGCAGUUGUCUGCCUGGAUUGCUCCUGUAAAUCCUACUCACAGUCACACAAUAGGUUACACCGAGCAAGUUCUCAAUGUUGAUCAAGCAUCGCAGAGCUACAUCGAAGGAGAUCAAUUCAUCUUUCGGGACGUCGUGUAUCCGUUCGUUGCUCCUACUUUUAACUGCGACGAGGCCAAGGUCUGUGUUGAGCUUAAACGCGGAAGAAAUGCAGUCACAACAAGUCCUUUCCGUUUUAGCAGUUACCAACAAAGCUCUACACCGUUGAUUGGCUGCAUUUCACUAUGUACUGGUAGGAAGUAGGUCAGAGGCCCGGGUUGAAGGGGAGACUGGCAGGGAAUGGGGAGGUUACAAGGCUUAAAGGGUGUGUUAAAUAGUCGGACCUCACCAUACUAUUAAUGUAAAAAUUGUGUACAAGGGCAUGAGCGGUUCUACAUUAUAAUUUGGUGAGGAGGCUUAGGGUUCUUGCAUUAAAAUUCUACACUUUUUUUCGGAAGAAAUUCGAAAUCCCGACAGAUUGUGAUGUCUACCAAACGAUUUCGACACAAUAAUUCUAUCGAAUUGUAUAGUAAUUUUACAGAAGGAUUUCUGUGUCAUUUAUUUCUUUACAAAAUAAUUGUAUUGAAAACGAAGCCACUCCACAAAAUAGACCACUUCGUAGUUUUUAUUACAUGAGAUGACUCCAAAUUUCUAUAGAUCUUUUAGUAGUAUUCCUUUCGUGCAUUUUAGUAUAAUCACUGUCAAACUCAUAAAUGUACAU